GUCAAAUUUUUUUUUGUUUCAGCUGGCUUGACUUCAGUAUUUUCAUUAAAAUUUCUAAUAAAAUUAGAAGAUAUCUAUAAUAAUUGUGGUAUCAAAUAAUUUGGAAGUGCUUAACUAAAGUCUAUAAAACACAGAAGUUUCAAAAGGAUAACCAACUAAAAAUGUUGGUGCUCGUACUUGGUGAUUUACAUAUUCCCCACCGCUGCAGCAGCUUACCCGCCAAGUUUAAGAAACUAUUGUUACCGGGUCGUAUCCAGCACAUACUUUGCACAGGGAACCUGUGCACCAAAGAGUCUUACGACUACUUGAAGACAUUGGCUAGUGAUGUCCAUGUUGUUAGAGGUGAUUUUGAUGAUAAUACUACAUAUCCCGAGCAGAAAGUGAUAACGGUUGGUCAGUUCCGUAUAGGACUCAUACAUGGUCACCAAGUGGUGCCUUGGGGUGAUGAAGAAUCCCUGGCUUUAGUUCAGAGGCAGCUAGAUGUCGACAUACUGAUCUCAGGUCACACACACAGAUUUGAAGCUUACGAACAUGAGAAUAAAUUCUACAUUAAUCCUGGAUCGGCAACAGGGGCGUAUAGUCCAUUGUUUAGAAAUGCUACACCUUCAUUCGUUCUAAUGGACAUACAGAGCUCUACCGUAGUGACCUAUGUAUACAAAUUGCUUGGAGAUGAGGUGAAAGUUGAAAGAAUCGAGUACAAGAAAGCAUAAUCUUAUUUAAGUUAGCUACAUGUGUCUAAUCUUUUGUAUUCAUAAGAAUAUUCCCAUUCUAUUUUUGUUAAAAUUAAUCUCAUAAUGUACCAUAUUAAGAUGUAAAAUGUACAAUGAAGGAACAAAGGGCUCUUUGACUGUAUGGAUUAGAUUCGCGUUU